AUGUUCAUCGGAGACGGUGCCAAGCUCGUCUGGGACGCGUCCUACUGGCCAAGGAAAAGUCGCCGGUGGUUUAAUUUCUUUUUAUUUGUGAAAUCAGUUUUAUUUGUAUUGAUGAUGAAAAAAAACGAUAUUGACCGCCCCUCCUCUCCCUUCUCCCCCCAUGCGACAACUCGUUGGGUUGCGAACAGGUGCGCGUACUUUUUCAACUUGCUACUCGGCCCCACGAUGAACGUAAAGAUCCGUUCCUGCUUCAACCACUUUGUUAUCUCUCGAUCCCCACCAAACUGCUCGGAGUCACGAUCAGAACCCGCUUCACAAGCGGCUGCCCGUAAGGUCCCUGAUUCUUCAAGGUGUAGAUCAACGCCAACGUCUGCAACGUCUUCCCCAGUCCCAUCUCGUCGGCCAAAAUCGCUCCAAACUGUUCCGAGUCUUCGCGUUUCAUUCCAAAAACGCAUUCGUACAGAAAGCUCACCUCUUCCCGCUGGUGAGGCCGCAAAUGCUUAGCCCGCAGUACGGAACGCAACCCUUCAUUAUACUUCCACUGAUCGAACGAAGGCUCCCGCAUCAUCAACGGAACAAAGUCCUCCGCAAUCGUUUCCUCCCCACCGUCCCAACCUGCUCGACACCACAAUCGGACUCCCGGCGCACAUCGACUCCGCCGGCGGCCUUAACCCUCCUCUCGCCUCGAAUCGAACUUUCUUCACCGGCACAUCAUUCUCCUUGGCCACCUCCCCACCAAUCCGCUCCACCAGUUCAACCUCCUUGCUCAACCGCGAACCCUCCUCCAGCUCCUCCCCCUUCACCAACCCGGAGCACCCAAUCACCUUGCCAUCCUCGUCGCCCAACGUGACGCUCUUCCCGCCCACGAUGAUCAACGUUCCGUCGCCCUCCCACGUGUUGUGCUUUUUUGUCGUUAUUUUGCCCCAGCACACUUGCAUCGUCGUUGGUUCUGCGGGGGUGUGCAACGCUGCCGGCUUUCUGACUGCGACGCCUCGGGCUUCCAACACGCGGGCAUGGUUUUCCGAGCUGGUGAGCAGCUCCAGCAUGCCCGGGUCCGGUUGGGCUUGCGGUAACGGCUGCGGUCGGAUUGUGAGGAUGGUGGAAGUUCGGCCGGUAGGGACCGCUUCAUCGACGGUCCUGCCGUCAUCACCCGCAUUUGCUUCUUUAGUAGAAGUGCUGUCGUUUUUGGUCCCGCUGUCCCAAUCUUCGUAGGGCACCGGAAAUCCUGAAGGUGAAAAAAUAUACCUCAAGCUGGAUUGGAGCGGUGACAGUUUGUAAAUCUCGAUUAAAUUUUCAAAAGGCCCUAUCUGCAUAGGAAACCCAUGAGGGAUAGGUUGUUUUGAAAAUUUAAUCUAGAAAUGAAGGAAACAAACAAGUGACAGUUCUGAACUGUCACUAUCCACACUGAACAAAAUUUUAUUCCGAAUAUCGUGCAGAUAAAUAAUAUUUACGCUUGUAUUUACGAUAUUUACGAAAUAUUUACGGAAGUAAAUCCAAUGCGCUACGGAUCAACCAUGUGCCCAACCCCGUG